AUGGGGGACCUGCUGGCCGCCGUCGAGACGCCCCUACCGGCGGCGGGGGUGAGCGGCGGCGGGACGGGGAAGAUCGGCGGCGGCGGAGGGACGAAUGCGGCUCGGAUUUCGGAGGUGAAGUCGUGGCUGAUGGCGCAGUUCGAGGCGGUGGGCCGGGAGGUUCCCGACCUCGAGUACACUCCCCGCAGCGUGGCGCAUCUCCACGCCAUUGCGUCCCUCUCGCAGGCCCGCACCCGCGCGGCGUCUAUCGUCGCGUCUGACCUCCGCCAGAAGGCCUCCGAGUACCGAUCGCAAGGUCCGUCACCAAAUCUGACGAUGAAACCUUUCUUCGUCUUAUUCUUCUAUCGCUGUUCCUUUUCUUGCGAAAUUUCUUCGUGUUUAUGCAUUUUAUCGCUAAUGCUUGAGUGCAGCCGUUAGGUUAAGGGAGAUCCUGGAGAGCGUGGGGUUGGCGCAGGAGAGAUUGUCGGCGGAUGCGAUCGAGUCCGCGCAGGUGAUCGCAAGCGUGGCGAACUUACUGAACAUCAGGGACACGGAGAUGAGCAGGUUUGGAGCUCUGUUAUCCCCUAGUUGCCUGGGUCCUUCUUUGAUUCAAUUUUGAAUUUGUGUUGGUACUUGUGCAAUCGUGGAUGCCAGUUUUGUGUUGGCGAUGGGGGAUUUGUCGCUGCGGAGGGACGAGGUGGAGGAAAAGAGGGUGAAGAUACAGAAGGAAUCCAAAGUGCUCCUGGGAUACACGAGGAAGGCCAUCACGAAGCUCAACGAAUUGAAGAAGUACUGGACGCAACUCUUCUCUUAGAUUGCAUUCCACACAAAAGCUUUGCAUUCACUCAAUUUGCAAUUGCGGAGGACAGUUGCCAUACCAACGCAUGCGCAGGUGAAAUCGUAGCGUAAUCAGCUCCGCAUAGACAAAGAGAGAGCGUACGAUAUGAGCUGGUCUUUGCUUUUUGUUGAGUCGAAAUAUGAUAAAUGGGUCGCUGAGUCAGAGUAUAAUUCCAUUAUCUUUUUCGUGAUGUAAAUCCUAUAUCAUUUCUACUGGGAAAGGGUGUGAUAUUGCAUGCCACUCAGGGUCAGUUUGGUGGCUUCAUUUUCUUGAUAGCACUGGGGUUUCUUUACUUCUUUAUGAUGAACUGUUCGUUUCUGGAUUUUAUUUUUUUUCAUAAAACUUUACAUACUUCUUUAUGAUGAACUGUUCCUCUCUGGAAUUUUUUUUUUUUCAUAAAACUUUACACGCGUAUAAUAAUUUCUGAAAGUCAUUUUUGAAAAACUUUUAUGAUAUGGUCGGUUUCCUUUUAUAGGACUCUGCUUAAGUUCGAAAACGAAGUUGCCACUCAAGAAGCUCAAAUGGAUCAAUGGCAGACAAACUUGGCUAUUAUGGACUCAAAAGAAAGGCAAUAUAAAACGCAAAAUUGUAAUUAUGAGGUACGUGCUUCCUUUGUUUAUACACAUAUGUUUUCUUUCUAUCUCCUUAUUUCCAACGAGUCUCCAUCAAACCCUCAUUUUGCAUGCGACAAGGGAUGACUUAUAUGGCCGGCCCGCUAGAAUUGCCCACGGACGUUUUUUCAACAUCAUUGAGGAAUAUUGCUGCUUAUACUUUCUGAUUAGUCGAAGGGGCUACCUCUGAAAUAGUUGAUCUCGCCCUCUGAAAAUAUGAUCUUUUACCCAUGAAUCCUCGCAUGGAACCGGCGUAACUCUUCUGAUAGGGCUUGAUCGCACCUUUCUGGGCUCUUUCUGCUAUUAAACAUUUCAACUGCAUCAGGUUCAUGGCCGGUUUCUCUCCAUCCCUCAUGCCGCGCUUUCAGAUGGCGCCGAGUGUUUGAAAAUAUUCAGCCUGGGUUGUGGCCAUCUAAAGAAUGGGCACUAUCAUACAUUCUCUUCAUUCUUUGAAUCUCACAGGUGCUGAUGUGGUGCUCCUGUGCCGAUCCUUGGGAUGCACGCGCAUGAGACGAGACUGUUCUAGGAAAAUCCAUGCACAGUAGAAUGAGGGUUGACCUGUGAAGAUCAUAGAAUUCUGGAACGGCAUGUACCUGAUGAGAUAAACCCACCCAUACCUACUAAUAGUGGGGAUAUCUGGUGAAUCCACUCGCACUCAAACCUGAUGUGUCGCAUGUUGUCGCCCCAGAUUGAUCGCAUAUGCCUACUGACUGGCCUUGUCUUUCAACUCAACCAUGCACAAGACUGGGCUUGCAAAACUGUGCCCCCCCCCCCCACAGCCCCACAGUGCAGGCCAACUACUAUCAUCACCCGCCUCCCCCUCCCAAUAUUUCGGAGCUUUGAGGAUCAUAAAUCAUUGCAUGUCUUUGCCAAUUUCUUAGCUCCACAGUGCAGGUGCUCGAUCUGGGCUUUUAAAUGGCCUCUCUCUCUCUCUCUCGCCGCGCAGGCCGUGCUGAAGCGCGUGGGGUAUAGCUCAGACAUCAACCACGGUGUGCUGAUGGAGAUGGCGGAGCAGAAGAAGGAUCUGGAGAAGAAGACCAAGCCCAUUCUGGAAACCCUGAGAAGCUACCAGGAUCUCCCUCCGGUAACCGCCCACUCGCUCACCCACCCUCAUUCGAAUUUCCGUGGAAGAGUGUGGUCCUCUGCCUCCGUUAAAGUAAGUAGAUCGGGUGUGAUGCUCCCUUGUCUCCUUGCUCUUCUUGCAGGAUAAGGCCCUCGCCGCUCUGGCCAUUGAAGAGAAGAAGAGGCAGUACGCCGCUGCUGAGAAGUACCUUGAGGACGUCCUCCAUUCCGCUCUUAACGCCGCUGAGUAG